AUGUCGAACUUCACAGAUCCCGACGCGUCUCCUCGAGCGCUUCUUGACGUAAGAUCCUCCCCCAUGGAUAUCGCUCUUUCAGGUCCCUCUACCGCUGGUCCCUCUACCUCUGGUCCCUCUACCGCAGGUCCUCCUUCGAGUCAAGCUGCUCCCCCGCGACGACGCCUGGUAACCAUCCGGCGGAUCGCCAGCGUCCACCCCAUCCGGGGCGGCUCAAGCCACGAUGUCGUCAUGGUGGACUGUUGGAGUGUGGUAGCAAAGAAGCACGAAGAGUAUAAAGCCGGCGAUCUGGUUGUCUUCUUCGAAAUCGAUAGCUUCCUACCAGACACUACGUACUUCUGGGAGUACGUAGCCACGAGCAACCUCAAGAUGGACGGAAAAGAAGGCUUUCUCGUGAAGACUUGCAUGGUGGACAAGCACGUGUCGCAAGGCCUGAUCUUCAAGAUGACGCGCUUUCUUCCCAUCCAAGAAAUGUACGACGAGCUGGUGCAUAAAUGGGGAAAGGCAUUGGCUACAAACCAGAUCAUGGAACGAUCGUUCGAAGACCUGCUGGAAGUGAAGAAGUACGAGGUGGAAGUCGGCCGUCCCUCGGGACCUCCUGCACUUGGCCGUGCGCCCGUCUUCUUUCCUCAGCCCGGAUGCAUCCGCGCCCAGAACAUGCCUGAGCUGUUCGACAAGCACGGCGAAGACCUCUUCCAAGUCACGGAGAAGCUGGACGGAUGGCCGAUGUCGAUCUACACCGUACAGAAGUCAUCGCAGUGGUACACUGCAUUGCCGGCCUUGGACGAAGGCCUGCAGACUAUCGGGUCUGCCCGUGUUGGCGUUUGCAGCCGAGCGAGAGAACUGGCCGACCAUCCGGACUCAUUGUACUGGCAAGUCGCACAGCAUCAUGGCAUCCUUCGUCGAAUCAACGACAUCCCGAGAAUUCGCCAGGUCAGCAGAAACCUCAUGGUCCAAGGCGAGCUGUGUGGCUCGAGCAUUCUGAACAACACCAUGGGUUUCCCCCGUGGCAGUCACAAGUUCUACGUCUUUGGCAUUUUCGAUAUCGAUCAACAAAUGUACCUCCGUGCUGACCUAACGUUCGACAUAUGCAAGAAGCUCGGAUGGGACCACGCCCCGAUCAUCAAGCAUCGGACGACCCUCAAUGACUUCGCCAAGGACAUCGAUGAUUUGCUGGACAAGGCCGAAGGCACGGGCACCCAAGGACAGACCAGGGAGGGCCUCAUAUUCAAAGGUCUGAAUGUGAACCUCACCUUCAAGAUCAUCUCAAACUCCUGGCUGAUUAAGGUGGACAAAAGCUACGGUCCUGGGGCGGCAUAA